CAUGUGUUCUCCUUUUUUCUCUAAUCAAAACAUCCCCAAUCCGAAUUCUGAUACAGAUCAGUUUGAAGCAAGCGAAUCGGUUCUAGUAGAGAGAUGGUGAGUUGCCGAUUUCGUUCCCUCAUCUUUCAUGCAUUCUUUCUGUCUUUCACGGCCACCGUCGCACCCAACUCGGCCACCACGACGUCUAAUUCGGAAGAUUGCGUGUACACGCUAUACGUGAAGACGGGAUCCAUCAUAAAGUCAGGGACAGACUCGAAGAUCAGUGUGGAGAUAGAAGACGAGUUCGGGGAUCGGGUUCAGGUAAAUGACGUGGAGGAGUGGGGGAUGAUGGGGCCCAACCACGAGUACUUCGAGUGGGGUAAUCUUGACAUCUUCACCGGUAGAGGUCCCUGUAUGGGGACGCGUAUCUGCCGUCUCAACCUCACAUCGGACGGCACUGGACAACACCACGGCUGGUACUGUGAUUACUUGCAAGUCACGUCGACUGGGGCCCACCAGGGUUGCAGCAAGACUAUCUUCGAAGUGCAGCAGUGGCUGGCUACCGACGCUCCACCUUAUCGUCUCUCAGCUGUCCUGGACGGUUGUGGGCAACAGAAGCUUGGAAUAACUACUGAUCAGACGACUCUCGUUGUUAAGAAUGAUCACAGCAAUGAUUUCCAGAUGAACGAUCACCAUAUGCCCGGUGGAUCUGAUGCUCCUUUCGAGAUAAACGAUCACCACAUUCCUUGUGGAUCUGAUGCUUCUUUUAAGACGAAUGAUCCCCAUACGCCUGGUGGAUCUGAUGCUGCUCUAUAAAAUAUCAAUGACAAGAAUAUCUGUCCGGAAAAAAAUCCUCGUUGGGACUUGACAAUCUAGAGAGUCAAUCUUAGGAGUGACAUAAGGAUGUGUGCCCAUAUUUGGGGUGUGUGGUCGAAUCCCCCUUAGCUUUAGCUUUGUGCUGUCAAGAGAGGAUCCAGAAUCCAGAUCCAUAUCUGUCCCCUCCCCAUAUUUUUUCUGUUUUAUUCAUGAUGUUAUAAUUGUGAGGGACUUGAUUAGUCUAUACAUCCAUCUUCGAUGUUGUUGACGGUCAUUGGUCUCUACAAACUCAAUUCAUAGAACAUUCCUUUCUC